ACCUGCAAUCAUGUAACCUGGGAGGAGGAGUCAUUUUAAAAACACAGACAUAAACAAGCUACCCCAAUGAGAUCCACAUUCCUCCUUCUUCUGAGCUACCAUGGAUCCACAUGGUAUUCUGCUUGUUCUGCUAGUGAGUGCAUGCACAGUCCAAGUUUCCAUUCAAGGGCCAAAUGAGCGCAGGCUCUUCGAAGACCUGCUGCGUGAGUACAAUGUACUUGAGAGACCAAUCUUCAAUGAGUCUCAGACCCUCAACGUUGACGUCGGCAUCACUCUCAGGCAGAUCAUGGAUGUGGAUGAGACGAAUCAGAUGUUGACAACCAGUAUUUGGCUGCGAACGUCUUGGAAUGACUAUAAACUGCAGUGGGACCCAUCUGAGUAUAAUGGAUUGAAAGCACUACGAUUUCCUGAUCAUCUCCUUUGGAAGCCAGAUAUUCUACUUUAUAACAGUGCAGACAAAACGUCUGAUCUCUCUCAUACCAAAAUUGUGUCUUCCUUCUCGGGCGACUGUUUGCAUAUACCCCCAAGGAUCAUUAAGAGCACCUGCUAUUUCGAUCUCCGCUGGUUCCCCUUUGACAUCCAGAAAUGUGAACUUAAGUUUGGCUCCUGGACUUACGGGGGCUUCUCUUUAGACUUAUCACUGAUAGAGGCGGACAUCAGUGAAUACGUACCUAAUGGAGAGUGGGACCUUGUUGUGGUUUCAGGAAAGAAGAAUAGCCGGACUUAUGAUUGCUGCGAGGAGCCCUACCCCGAUGUCACGUACACCAUAGUGAUGCGCAGACGGACUCUCUUCUAUGUAGUUCAUCUGCUCAUUCCCUCGAUUCUGAUCUCCAUUCUGGCCCUGUUUGUCUUCCUGCUGCCUGCUGACUCCGGGGAAAAGAUAUCACUGGGAAUCACAGUCAUGCUCUCCCUAAUAGUCUUCAUGCUGCUAGUUGCACAAAUCAUGCCGCCCACUUCAGACUCAGUGCCUCUAAUAGCUCAGUACUUUAGCGUCACUAUGGCCAUUGUUGCGCUCUCUGUGAUUGUCACAGUUGUGGUUUUACAAGUUCAUCAUCAUGACCCUCAUGGCGCCAGGAUGCCAAAGUGGAUUCGUUUGGUCUUCCUUGAUUGGUGUGCCUGGUUUCUGCGCAUGAAGCAUCCAGGUGAGGACAGCAUGGACCUCAAAGCCAGAAUGGCGAGUGUUCACCCUGCCUCGCCCAAUUCUGGCUUGAUUGGGAAAGUUGGCGAGGGUGAGCUUGCCUUCACCAAAGAUCUGAGCUCCACAGUCGGCUGCAGUGAACCAGAACUCGCCAAUAUCCUUGAUGAAGUGCGCUAUAUUGCCAAACGUUUUCGUGACCAGCAACAGGGAGAAACUAUGCGCAGUGAUUGGAAAUUUGUUGCUGCUGUCAUCGAUCGUCUUUGUUUUGUGAUUUUCUUGCUAUUCAUUAUCCUGUGCACCUUUGGGAUUCUUGUGUCAGCACCAAACAUUACUGAGGCUGUUUCCAAAGAUGUGUUCUUCUGAAAAUAAACGCCAUAGGAAAAGCAAAUACGUAAUUACAUAAUUAUUUCAGAA